GUGAACUGGAAAUUUUUAAGAAGUUUUGUGAUAAAUCCUCGGAUAAUGAGAAAUCCAUGCAGAUUGAACAGCAAACGAAACCAAAAGUGUGAAGCCCAAGGCAUGCUAAACGAGGGUGAAUCCCACAUCUGCCCAAGCACUGCUCAACAGUCACAUCUUUUCACUGAUCGGAAUGCACUGUUGAUCAGUAACAUGCAAUCUACAGAGCUAUCUCAACAAACUCUAGAUGAUAGCGAACUUAAGAAAAUUGCCAAACAUUUUUUAAGUAAUACUUCGGAAAGUCAAGAGAAGCGGGUCGUCAAGCAUGGAACGAUAAUGUCGAGAUCCGCAAUACAUCAAAAAACAACAACUGAAACAAUGAAGUACGCAAGCUUAACAAGAAUAGAGGAGGAUGUUUUAUCAUCACUACAACCAUCUUGUACAGAAAAGCUAAAAAAAAAGAGAAGAUUGGAGGACUCUAACCGUGAACUCGCUAAAAGUAAUAAAUCCAAAGGACGCAAUAAUAUCAUUGGAAAUAAAAUAGUUACAUCAUCGACUACUCAAAGUAAUGGGUGUGGAGACUUCUUUGUUGAUCUUGAAGACGGUAGUGUUGCCUUGGAUGAAACCCUUUCGCGUCAGGUCCUCCAACAAACCGCAACUUUCCUCACAAAGUUGGGGCCUACUGAUCGCAGGCUCCUUUGGGACCUCCGCGAAGUAGCGCAGGGUACACGCAAUGCCAAAGAUGCCUUCAAAUCCGAAGCCACAGACGAGCACAUUCCAAGGGUACUGACAGAAAAAGGUAAAAGGGACCUUCGCGUAAAUAAUCAUAAAAAUACUUUUGUUGGAGCUAAGCCCUCUGUCUCUCUAAAGAAGGGUAGUACUUUUCAGAAGAAUGAUGAAAUAAGUUCUGAACUAGAUACAAGUAGUAGUAGUAGUGAGCCGUCACUAGCUUCGGAUAGUGGUGAUGAUAUGGGGGAUGGACAAAGCGACUUUGAUUUGGGGCUAAGAAACGAAAAUAAAGAAACUCCAUCGCGAUUACAACCUAACCAAGCUCAGGAUGGUGGACGUUUGUUCACUGAGGACAGUGAUAUGUGGAGUGAUUGAGAAAUUCCUAAGUUAACAGGAUAGUAGAAAAAGGUAUAAUAGUGACUGUGAAGUUUAACACUCCUCAACUCCUAUUGCCGUAUUCUGUGCAGUGUAUUCUCUUCCUGUUAGAGAUUUCCUUAAUAAAA